GCAGCAGCAGCAACGCCAAAAGCCGCCAGACACUUGUGGCAUUUUUUAGUUCAGACUAAAUAUUCAAAUUACUCUACACAUUCGCGUACAUGAAAAUGUAGUUUUGUUGUAAAACAACAACAAAAUCCAAAGUAACUACCACCAAUGUGCGUUGAAAAGUGUGUUAAACAAUAUUUAAAAGCAACUCCACAACCAAUCCGACAAAAGCCAUAAAAUAUGUGAAAAUAUUAAACAUAAACGGGUGAACUCUCCAGCGUACUGCAACUUCACCCUACAAUAACAACAACAGCCGAAACCCACACGCAACUAUAGCAACAAAUCCUCAACAGCAACGUCAACAGUUUACAGCUACAAUUGCAAAAGAACCAACGCCCUAAUAGCAAAUAGAAGUCCGCCCCCUUUUUGAAAUAAUCACAGGAAGUCAACGAGCGAACAGACAACUCGCCGACCCACACCCGAUAUCAUCAACUCCCGAAACCACCAGCUCCCCAGUGAACAGCAGUGAACAAAAUAUUUGCAGUUACGCAGCGGCUAGCAACACAAUAUGCAAUCGACUGAUGCGGGCAAUGGUGGACCAGGAAAAUACACGCACAGCACACCACAGCAGCAGUCACAGCAGCAGCAGCAGCCAAUCCAGGGAUCAGUCAGCGGCAGCGAAACCACCUCAUUCACCAUAAAUGUUAACAAUCAGCCGGCAGCCGAUACACCCAGCAAGAAUCCAUUCAAACAGCAGCUGGACAGAAAUCAACAAAAUGGCAAUACGGAAACCACAGACCGGGGCAUCUUGGGUGUUGGAACAGCGAGCGGUGAAGAACCACAGAGCUAUCAGACGCAAACACAUGUGCGUCAAAUGACAGGCGGCGUGCCACCGCCGGAUCAGUAUAGGCAGGAGGAUCCACGCGCUGCCGGAUCCUGGUCCGCUCUCAAAACAUGGAUGGUCAGCUGGCGCGGCUCAAAUCGUCUGGUGCUGGUCAUUGUGGCCAUCGCAUUGCUCCUGGACAACAUGCUCCUCACCACUGUGGUGCCCAUCAUACCCGAGUUCCUGUACGACAUACGACAUCCGGACGCGCCGCUCGACAGCUAUGCACGCACACCGCUCACACUGAACACCCCGCCACCCCCCACAGUCUGUCCAUGCAACAAGGAUGGCAGCGAACAACAACUCGAGGUAUCCACACUGAGUCCGGAGGAAAACGAAACGCUAUACCGAGAGUUGGAGGAACGUCACAAUGAACUGGUGGGUGAGACGGUUGAAGUGGGUCUGCUAUUCGCCUCGAAGGCCUUUGUGCAGCUGCUGGUUAAUCCGAUUGUAGGACCGCUGACACAUCGCAUCGGCUAUAGCAUACCCAUGUUUGCCGGAUUUGUGAUCAUGUUCCUGUCAACCAUAAUCUUCGCUUUUGGACGCUCCUACUUGGUGCUCUUCAUUGCACGCGCCUUGCAAGGCAUUGGAUCGUCCUGCUCUUCGGUGUCCGGCAUGGGCAUGUUGGCCGAUCGCUUCACCGAUGACAAGGAACGCGGUAAUGCCAUGGGUAUUGCUUUGGGUGGUUUGGCGCUGGGCGUGCUGAUUGGACCCCCUUUUGGUGGCGUAAUGUACGAGUUUGUUGGCAAAUCGGCGCCAUUCCUGGUGCUGGCCGCAUUGGCAUUGGGCGACGGCUUGUUGCAGCUGUUCAUGUUGCAGCCUUCCAUACAGAAGUGCGAAUCGGAGCCGCCCUCCCUGAAGAGUCUGAUCAGUGAUCCCUACAUACUCAUUGCCGCCGGCGCCAUCACUUUUGCAAAUAUGGGAAUUGCCAUGCUGGAGCCUUCGCUGCCGUUGUGGAUGGUGGACAAUAUGGGUGCUACGCGUUGGGAGCAGGGAGUGGCCUUCUUGCCCGCGUCUAUAAGCUACCUAAUUGGCACGAAUUUGUUUGGCCCACUGGGACAUAAAAUUGGUCGUUGGUUUGCCGCCUGCUUGGGUCUGGUCAUCAUUGGUGCUUGUUUGAUAUUUAUUCCCAUGGCCACGAACAUUACACAUCUGAUUGUGCCCAAUGCCGGCCUUGGCUUUGCCAUUGGCAUGGUGGACUCUUCAAUGAUGCCCGAACUCGGAUAUUUGGUGGACAUACGGCAUUCGGCUGUCUAUGGCAGUGUGUAUGCUUUGGGCGAUGUCGCCUUCUGUGUGGGCUUUGCGGUGGGACCGGCGCUCUCGGGCUCGCUGGUGAAGUCAAUUGGCUUUGAAUGGAUGUUGUUUGGCAUUGCCAUACUGUGCUUCAUGUACGCGCCUCUGCUGACCCUGCUGAAGAAUCCGCCCACCAGCGAUGAAAAGAAGUCUUUGAUUUAUGGACGCGAUCGGUCACAGGUACGUUAUGUCACCUACCAGAACUACGAUGAAGACGAAUAAAAUGCUAACGAUAUUGAAUUGAAAAAGCAAAGUCACAAAAAUGUGACCAAAAAUAUAAAAAAAAGGGAACCAAAAUUACCAAAACAAAAUGUCACAACCAAAAAUAUCAGUAAUAUCAUAUGAAUUCAAUGAAAAUUGUUAUUAUUGUUCAAUGUUUGACGAAUACUAUAUACAUAUAUUCUAACCAUAUACAAAUAGAAUGCUUACAACUACUAAGCAUAUCAAUGAAUAACCUCCGAAAUCAAAUCAAAAUAUACCAACUAUAAACCUGAUGUAUUACACAUACUUACUACUAUAUAGUAUAUUAAGGCCACAAGCACCAAGCCAAAUUUAUCUUUAUACUCGUACAUACAUAUAUACCAAAGCAAAGGCGCAACAGAAGCCAAAGAACAAAAAAAUAUUGAAAAAAACAACGUACAUAUAUAGUAUACAAGUAUACAUAUGUAUAUCUUUUUAUUUACUACAAGUAUAUUUCCUUAUAGAGAUUAUUAUGAAAUGCCGCUUCAAAACAGGCAGCUAAAACUGUUCGCUACAACGGGUCUUGUCGAAGAUAGAUAUACUAUACAAUAGAAGUUAUUGGGUUACAUUUUUGUAGGAGCAGGCAACCAGUUGAAUAGUUUUGGGAUUGCAAAAAAUAGACUCAAUUCUAACCACAUACAUUCAUACUACUUAUAUACUCUACCUAUGGCCUAAGGGACCAUUUAAUUACAACAUUUUCAUUUUAUUAUUUCUACACAAUCUUAAAACUUGGGAAAUCGCAAACUGCGACCCAUCGAUCUAUUGUGCAAAUAAAUGUGGAACCAAUAGUAAUAAUAAUGUUGCCUAAUUAG